CAGGCGCCAUCACAAUGGAGGUGCAGCUCCACCGGCUGCUGCUCCCGCCUCUCCUCCUCCUCCUCUCGUGGCCCUUCCUCCUCCGCGACGGCGGCCGCUCGCCCGCGGCGCCGCCGGACCUCCACCCCGUCGUGCUGCUCCCGGGCCACGUCUGCAGCCAGCUCGGCGCGCGGCUCGCCGGCGCGUACGAGCCGCCGGCGCCGGGCUGCGGCGCGCGCAAGGGGGAGGGGUGGUUCCGGCUAUGGGAGAACUACACGGCGCUGCGGGACCCCGCGCUGGCGCCGUGCUACGCGGACCAGCUGCGGCUCGUGUACGACCCCGCCGCCCGCGACUACCGCAACUUUCCGGGCGUCGAGACCCGCGUCGUGUCCUUCGGCACCACUCGCGGCUUCGGCUCCGACAAUCCUGCCAUUAAGUGGCGGCGCGGCAGGAACGACUGCAUGAGAAUGCUCGUGGACGCGCUGGAGGGAGUCGGAUACAGAGACGGCGAGAACAUGUUCGGCGCCCCGUACGACUUCCGGUACGCGCCGGCGCCGCCCGGCCAGCCCAACCUGCACUUCUCCGGCUUCGUCUCGUCCCUGCGGCGGCUCGUCGAGCGCGCGAGCGAGAGGAACCGGGGCCGGCCGGUCAUCCUGGUGGGGCACAGCCACGGCAGCAUCAACGCCGCCGCGUUCCUCAACCAGAACACCCUGCGCUGGCGCAGGAGGUACAUCAAGCACUUCGUCAUGACCUCCAUGGGCGCCGGAGGCGCCGUGGGUCCGCUGAAGACCCUCGCCUCCGGCACCGGCGACGUGCUGUCCGGGAACACCAGCAGGAGCUUCGCGAGCGCGUUCCUUACUCUGCCGUCGCCUAAGGUGUUCGGCCACGCGCCCCUACUGAUCACGAGAGCAAGGAACUACUCCGCCUACGACCUGCCGGAGUUCCUCGCGGCGAUCGGGUUCUCGGACGACGAGGUGGCCGCCCGUUACCGGGCGAGGGCGCUGCCGGCGACGCUGAAUGUAUUCAGGGCGCCUAUCGUGCCCAUGACGUGCAUCAACGCUAUCGGCGCGCCGACCGUGGAGAAGCUCGUGUACUGGGACGGCGACUUCAGCGCGGAACCCGAGGUCGUGUACGGCGACGGCGACGGGAUGAUCACGUUGGCUAGCUUUCUGGCGCUAGACACGGUGAUUGGGGGUGACCCAGAUCAAGAAUACUACAAGUCCGUCUUGAUCCCAAACACGACGCACUCCGGCAUCAUGAAGGAUGGUUUUGCUCUGCAGUGCGUGGUCACAGAGAUUCUCGAAGCAAAUAGACGGUAAUGCAGCCGCACCGGGGACUUUCGAGCAAGCGAAUGUUUGGACGAGCUAAAGUUGGUUGCUAAACUUUAGCACAUCCUAGCACUCAUGCACCUGCUCAAAUUUUUUGACUAAAGUUUAUCUCACCUAAUUAGCACUUCCGUUUGGAUGAACUAGUGCUAAGAUUUAGCACUUUCAGCUAUUAACACUUGGAUCCAAACAGGAUCUAAGGCUAACAAAUGGCAUGAUUUGUUUGGAGGGCUUCAUUGAAAAUGUUUA